GGACGCCGCACAGCCAAUCACAGUGCGGUAGAGUUCCAUCCUUCCACAUUAGCAUCGCCGCUAGCAACAGGUGGUGACGUCACGGGGAGCGCGCUGCGCGGCCCCGCGGUGUUGGGUAUGGAGCUCUCCGCGGUCGGCGAGCGGGUGUUUGCGGCGGAGUCUCUGCUCAAAAGGCGCAUCCGGAAGGGUCGCAUGGAGUAUUUGGUGAAGUGGAAAGGCUGGUCUCAGAAGUACAGCACCUGGGAACCAGAGGAGAACAUCUUGGAUGCUAGAUUGGUGGCAGCUUUUGAGGACAGGGAGCGAGAAAGGGAGUUAUAUGGGCCGAAAAAAAGGGGUCCAAAGCCGAAAACUUUUCUCCUUAAGGCACAAGCAAAAGCUAAUGCAAAGACCUAUGAAUUCCGCAGUGAGUCUGCACGGGGUGUAAGAGUUCCAUAUCCAGGCCGUCCUCCUCAGGAACUACCGUCUAGAUCCAGAGAAGGGCUACGAAGUAUCCCAACCUCUUCCCAGGGCAGCAGUGGUACUCGUACAGAUAUCUAUAAAGAGAGGUUGAGUAGCCCAGAAAUUAGAGGAGAGCACUAUCCAUUAACGAUAAAAAAGAGGAAGAGAUGUCAUCAUGGCACAGUGCAUCCAAAGGAAGAUACUUCAUCCUUAAGAAUGACUUCUGCCAACCAUACAAGUCAGCUUGAACAGGUGGCUGGUUCUGCCAGGGUAGAUGAUACUGGGCCACUAGAAUAUCAUUCCUCACAUGGUGUCAUACAGCUUGCAAGGCGACAAAACUCAGAGUUGGGAUCUACAAGUCAGGCAGAACAUUGUUUCUUGCCCAGAGAACAUGGACUGGCACAUAAAGUACAGGAUACUCAUGGGCAAUCAAGCAUUGACACACAUCCACAUAGGACAAAGCACAAGGCUGACCUUCUGAGCUCCAACUGCAAAGAGGCCGGUCUCCCAAAAAGCAGAAACAGCUCAGAAUACCAAGGACAGGUGUCUGACAUCUACAGGGAAGCACUGGUAACACAUGGUGGGAAGCCUUCUCUUAUUGCCCGUAUUCCUGUUGCCAGGAUACUUGGUGAGCCAGAAGAGGAACCAUGGAGACCCCCAAUAGACAACUUGGAGAAAGUAGUAGUGACCGAUGUGACUUCAAACUUUCUGACUGUGACUAUAAAGGAAAGCAAUACAGACCAAGGCUUUUUUAAAGAUAAAAGAUGAGUGUGUGUAUAUAAUAUCCAAAUACACACUUGUUCAUUUUUUGCCCAUAUUUUGCAUAGUUGCAACAAAAACAGAAACUAACUUACUGUUCUAGUGAGUUCCUUAUAAAUGACUGUGUAGACAGGGUUUGGAUAAUAUGAGUACACCAGAUGGAGAUAUAGAUAUAUAUAAACAGAGUGAGAUGCACGUACACUGCCACACACAUACUCUUGUUUUUUGUUUAUAUUUAACUCCUUUUUUUUUUUCUUUUUCCCCCCACUCCUUCUGAUAUGCCCUAAACUCCAAACACCCAUGUGUCUUAAAUAGAAAGCUUGCAGCUGUAAAUGGAUAGCAUAUGCUACCAGUCCUGCAAUAUUUGCUGUCAUGUUGGUACUUCACCACUUCUAUGGGUGCAAGCAGUGCGAGAGUCUUGGCCGAUUCAUAAAAAAAAAAAAAAAAGUAGAAUGGUGGCAUAUAUGCACUUAAUUGAACUGAUAAUGAGGGUGACAGAAUUGGUGUUUUGAGGUUCCGGCCUUGGUCAUUCAAUAAGGUGAGUAAAGUAUUGAUGUCAGAAGUGGAGAUGAGGUGGUGACAAGGAAAGUGUAAGUGAAUGUAAAUUUAGUUUACCUAUGAAAGCACUAGAAGUUUCCAUAUGGCAGCGCGGUAUACCAGACCACUUGUCACUUGCAUGGAUAUUUGAAUUUACAAGGGAAAUUAUAGUAGAGGGUGCUUUUAUUUUUUUAAUACAUACAUUUUCCUAAUGAAAACUUAAAGGGAUUAAACCUGAACUCGCUGUAUAUACAGAUAUUUACAGGAGUUUUUACCAAUAUUCUCAUCAGGUGAAUGUAUGUGUGGUAUGUAAUGUCAUUUUACUUCAGUUAUUGUAACUGUUGUGUUUUCAUGGCAUGUGGCUUAGUAGAACUCCUUUGAAGUUACUUACAAUGUACCAUAAGGGCUUAUGGUCACUAUUUCCAGUAAUAGAACAUGUCAUUGUUCACUAAUGUAACAAUUGUUAGCAAAGACUCUUUGACUGAUCAUUACACAACUAUAGCUGUUUCGGCCUCCAUCAUUUGUGUGUGUGUGUGUGUGUGUGUGUGUGUGUGUGUGUGUGUGUGUGUGUGUGUGUGUAUAAUUUAUAUAUACACAUAGGCACA